AUGUCAAAUAUAAAGAUAAACAUCAAGAAGAAGAAGAAACCACAAAAAAUUAAAGAGAAAGAAGUAAAUGAAAAUAUAAAAGAAAUUGAAAAUUAUUCAAUUGAAAAACCAAAGCCAAAAAAGUUAAUAAUUAAUCAUCAAAUUAAAAAAACUAUAAAACAAGAUGAUUUGAAAUAUGGAGUAACUGAAUUUAAAAAGGAUGAAGAUGUAUCAGGUAAGAAAAAAUCUGUUAUAAAUCAAAAUCAAUAUGAAUCUGAUCCAGAAGAAGAUGAAGAGCAAACUAUACCAGUUGAAGAAUUUGGUUUGGCAUUUUUACGUGGUUUAGGUUAUAAUGAAGAAGAUGAAAAGAAAGAGGAGACACCAAAAUUGGAAAAUCGUCAAAAGGGUCAUGUUUUGGGAAUUGGUGCAAAACCAAUAGAUGAGAAAAGUUAG